AUGGAAAGUAUGGACGUCGCACAAGAAGGAGCAUCUGCAGCAUCUACCCCAGUGCAAGAAAAUGGCCCGGACAAAAAUGUUACAGCCGAAGAGAUGACAUCGAGGGACUACUAUUUUGAUUCUUACGCGCAUUUUGGUAUACACGAGGAAAUGUUGAAAGAUGAAGUGCGGACUCUUACCUAUCGAAAUGCUAUGUACCAUAAUAGACAUCUAUUCAAAGGAAAAACGGUACUUGACAUUGGAUGUGGUACAGGAAUUCUCUCCAUGUUUGCAGCAAAAGCAGGUGCUUCGAAAGUGUUUGCCAUAGAGUGCUCCAAUAUUGUAGAUUAUGCCCGAAAAAUUGUUGAGGCGAACAGACUUGAUGAUGUCAUAGAAAUUAUUAAAGGAAAGGUGGAGGAAGUGGAGCUUCCAGUUGAAAAGGUUGACAUAAUUAUUUCUGAAUGGAUGGGUUAUUGUCUCUUCUAUGAAAGCAUGCUGGACACAGUUCUUUAUGCUCGGGACAAAUGGCUAAGGGAGGAUGGUAUGCUCUUUCCUGACAGGUGCACAUUAUUUAUUUGUGGUAUUGAGGACCGUCAGUACAAAGAUGAAAAGAUUAACUGGUGGGAUGAUGUCUAUGGCUUUGACAUGUCGUCUAUCAGAAAGGUGGCUAUCUCUGAACCUCUUGUUGAUGUUGUUGAUGCUAAACAGGUGGUCACAAACUCUUGUAUGUUGAAAGAGAUAGACUUAUAUGUUGUCAAGAAAGAAGAUCUUAACUUUGAAGCAAAGUUCCAUCUUCAGGUUCGUCGCAAUGAUUUUAUUCAAGCUUUGGUGACAUUCUUUAAUGUGGAGUUUACGAAAUCUCAUAAACGGUUGGGCUUUAGUACUGCCCCAGAGGCACCCUACACACACUGGAAACAGACUGUUUUCUACUUUGAUGAAUAUAUGACUGUAAAAAAGGGUGAAGAAAUAGUAGGCACUUUUGGCAUGCGCCAAAAUGCGAGGAACAACAGAGACCUCGACUUUGAACUCGAAAUUUCUUUCAAGGGCGAGCUUUGCCAGGUGCAAGAAAAGAAUCACUACCGGAUGCGUUGA